AUGAGGCCGGCAUCAUAUUUCGGAUGCCUUGCCUCCUUGACUGCCACCGUUGUUUCGACGUGGAAUAACUUCGACUUACACCCGGUUCUAGCUCCUAGCUAUGACAAGGCGGAGCUUGCUAACAUUGUGCCAUCUACCAAUGUGAAUCUUGACUAUGGCAUAGACGGUCUAGAUAUUCCUGAGGAUCCCCUCAGCAGCGUCAGCAUUCAUCUUCAAACCAACCAACCCACAGUGCUUCUUGAGGCCAUCGGAGCGGUGUCCAGCGUAUCCUGUUCUCGAAACGCAGUGUCAAUCUCUUUCCAUACUGCAGAUUCGUUUCAACAUGCUACUAUGGCAUGGCCACACGAUGGCAAAUUCUAUCUCAUCACGAACCAUUUGGGUAACUGCGACGCUUGGAGUGAGAGAGGAAUCUUCCAGGUCACUAGUCUUAGCUGGGAUACUGAAUCUAUGACUGUCAAGGCACAGACUCAGAAGACCACCCUAGCCAACAUAGCAAUGUCCGUAGGGGUCGAUUUCGCUCAUUUCCAGGACACGACGUCGGAUAAUAAUGGAAACAUUACAUUUGACGAACCCGGGCUUAACGUCGCUUCCAAUUUCACAAUUCCUGCUGGAACGGUCAUAUUCGCAGAGGAGCCGAACUUCUCUACUGUUGCCAGAGGCGGUUAUCUCAGCGAUGCCGCUGUAAUUCGAGGCCAUUUCGACUUCAACGUCCCUGGUCAACAGAUUCAGAGUCUCUGGUUCAACAUAGAUGCUGCAUUCUUCGGCAACCUUGCUGUCACUUUCAACCUUACAGGGCCUGUAGAGAAUAGUAACUUCGCCUUCACUCCUGGGACAUUCCUGCCGAGCACAGUCAACGUUCCGGGUGUUUUCACUCUCACACCAGCACUUCAUUGGGUUAUUGGCGCUGAUGUUGGUGCUACUGGUCCCGUAGUGCACAAUAGUAACAUCACGGUGACAAUACCUGAUGGUCAUGUACACGUGGAUUUCCUGAACAACACCAAUUCGCGAGCCGUCGGUUGGGGACCUCGCUUCACAUCUUCCGUCAGCACCGAGAAGGCGUCUUCUGGCCAUGUAUCUCCAUACGUUGAUUUCUCUGUCGACCUGACUCUUAACGUGUUGAAUGGUCUCUAUAACGUCACGGGUGGGAUCGCAGCGAAACCGCAGCUCAUAAACGAGAUCAACGUUGCGAAAAGCCAGUCGCGUAUCAGGAAGACUAACCAUAUGCUUUCGCUAAGGAAUGUCACAUGCAAUAGCGGGUUCGAGCUUCGCUCAGAUUUCAACUUCAGCGUGACAGCAUACGUUGAGGACAAGUGGGAGAUGUCGCUCUAUAACACAUUGAUUCCCGUUGCUGAUGAGUGUUACCACUUUUAA